AUGGAUGCGGUGAGCCUAGGGCUAUCGGUCCUCACAACAUUCAAAGAGCUUUACCUGAUCUCGAAAUUUAUUCAUCGGACCUUUUCCUCCGUCAAGCAUAGCAAGACAGAGCGAGAAAAUCUGGAAGAAGAUUUUUUACAUGAGCUGCUUUAUCUGCAAAGUUUUGGGCAGAUAAUAAUCAUGAAUGAUGGACUGCUCAUGAAUGGAAACCUGAACUCGGUUCGCCAGAAUAACCGUUCUUAUGAGGAUUUGACUACUGACAACUCCGAUUAUGCCAAAGUCGCUGCCGUGCAGGACGACGAAUACAGGACGUAUUCUCCGUAUCUUCAUUCCUCUAUAGCAAAUUCCAAAGUCAUUGAAUUUGCUCUCGAUCUAAAUCCUAAUAUGACCAGUCGAACUCCUCCCGGAAGAGAGCGGCGCAAAUAUGGCUUCGGGUGGCUCUUGUCGUCGCGGCCAACGGCCAACUGGGACUCUUGGAUGUGGGCGCUGUUCGAACGACGGAAAUUCGAACGGUUUCUCUGCGAGUUCCGGGCCGCUGCGCUGGGCCCACAGCCGGACUCAGAGAGGGUCUUGGUUGAAUUUAAAACGUACACUGGAGAGACAGAUACAGUGGAAGCAGCUCCCGAUCCCGUCACAAAAGAGCGAGUAAAUCAACUCGCAUGUCUCUUAUCGUCCGCAGGUCAUGAUGGGCUACAUACACUCAGUCUUCGGGGCUUGAUUUACCAGCCGGCUCAAAGCCGAUACGCAUUCCUGUUCGAUUUCCCCGUCGGGGCUCAUGAUUGUGACCCCAUUUCUUUGUGGACACUCAUCGAAUCUCCCGGUCGCAGGUCACGACUGACGCUACCGCAAAGAUUCCAGGUUGCGCGGUAUGUGGCCACGGCAUUGUCUGCCUUCCAUGUAGACGGAUGGGUCCACAAGGCUAUCAGCAGCCAGUCUAUUGUCUUUUUCCACGACGUGAGAGAGCCAUCAGCACGCCUCUCCACAGAUUGUUAUCUUGUCGACUUCGAGUUUGCACGGCCGGAGAGUGCUGAAACACAGCACACGUUUGACGAUGUAUUGGAGAGAAAUCUCUACCGGCACCCUGACCGUCAAGGGACUCCAACUAUCAGCUUUCAGAAACACCAUGACAUAUACAGUCUUGGAGUGGUUCUCUUGGAAAUCGGGUUAUGGGUGACAGCCUCUGAUAUCUAUCGGAAUGCAACGGCACGCUUGAGAAAUGGUGCCAUCAUGAAUCCUCGGGGGAUCCGAAAUCUCUAUAUUGACAUUGCGAAUCGAAAGCUUCCGCACCACAUGGGGCCUGCGUACCAUGAUGCAGUUGUCAAAUGUCUUUCGGGAGACUUCACAGAAACAGAUACAAACUUGACGAUGGAAUUUUACGAGGGGGUAGUUCAGAGUAUUGAUGUGCUGAAAUUAGAAUGA